CAAAAUUAUCUUACAGGAAACAUACCUUCAUGGAUUGGAGAUAGAUUAUUGUCCCUAAAAAUCUUACGCUUACGGUCGAACAAAUUUUAUGGUUCCAUUCCCUCACAGCUAUCCAAACUAAAAGGACUUCAAAUCCUGGAUAUUGCAGAUAAUUUUCUUUCAGGGCCAAUACCAAAAUCUUUUAAGCUUCUCAAUUCAAUGACCAUACAAAAUAAGAGGCUCCAACCUCUUAUUCCCAGUGACAAUGUUUUUUUUCAAAAAAGAGUGCAAGGAAGUCAUGUAAUUAUUAGCAGCGAUUCUAAUAUAUAUUGGUCUGAUGCAUUAAUGAUUAAUAUAAAAGGAAUAGAUCGUGAAUUCACAGACAUACUCUCUCUAGUGAAUAUUAUAGAUCUUUCUUGUAAUAAUCUCACUGGAGAUGUUCCUAUUGAAUUAAUGAGCUUGGUUGGAUUGAUAAGCUUAAAUUUAUCCAGAAAUGAACUCAAGGGACGGAUCCCAAUCAAUAUUUGUGAUAUGCAAAGCUUAGAAAGUUUGGAUCUCUCGAAGAACCAUUUCUCAGGAGAAAUUCCAGAGAGCAUUGCGAAGCUAAGUAAAUUGAACUAUCUGAACUUAUCUUACAAUCAAUUGUCAGGUAGAAUCCCGAGAGGGACCCAACUUGACACCUUUAAAGAAUUAAGUUAUUAUGGAAAUUCUGAACUUUGUGGAAUGCCACUUUCGAAGACUUGUGAAGAUGAUGACCCUAAUAGUCACACUAGAGAAAACAAUUUCAAUGAUGAUGACGCUGAGGACGAUAAUUUUGGUUUGUUCCUUAGUAUAGGUCUUGGUUUUGCUGUUGGACUAUGGGGUGUACUCGGAACCUUAUUGCUCAAGAUGUCAUGGGCAAUCACUUACUUUCAGUGGUAUGAUAAUCUGACAAACAAUAUUUAUGUAUAUGUAGUUGUAAGAAUAAAUCGAUGGUUUAAUAAUUAA